GCAGCGCCGCGCAGGCGCCCCAGAGCCGCGCCGAGCUGAGCCCCUCCUGCUCCCUCUAGGAGUCAAAAUGGCGGCGAGGGGGGACCUGAAGAAGUCCCGGAGCCUGAGCCACUGACAGGAGAGGAGAGGGCGGCGGCGACGGCAAGAGGAGGAUGGCCGGGGGUGCCGGCGCCGGUGCGGACGGCGGUGCUGGUGGCAGCGGCGGCGGGGGCGACGGCAGCAGUCCCAGCGGCGGUAGCAGCAGCAGCGGCGGGAGGAGCCUUCGGGAAAUGGAUGAAAAGAGGCUGCUGGAUCCAGGUUUGAAGGUUCAUAAAGGCCUCUGGGAUUAUACUCUGAAGAACCAGCAGAUGGAACGCCUGAGUGACUGAAGAAGAUGGGUGCUAAUGCAUCUAACUAUCCUCAUUCAUGUUCCCCAAGGGUAGGGGGAAAUUCACAGGCCCAACAGACGUUUAUAGGAACAUCAUCCUAUUCUCAGCAAGGCUAUGGUUGUGAAUCAAAAUUAUAUAGCCUUGACCAUGGCCAUGAGAAACCACAAGACAAAAAAAAGAGAACCUCUGGCCUUGCCACCCUCAAAAAGAAGUUUAUUAAGCGUCGAAAAUCUAAUAGAUCUGCUGAUCACGCCAAGCAGAUGCGAGAACUCCUCUCUGGGUGGGAUGUUAGAGAUGUCAAUGCAUUAGUGGAGGAAUAUGAGGGAACUUCAGCCUUAAAGGAGCUUUCUCUGCAAGCCAGUUUGGCUAGGCCAGAAGCCAGGACAUUGCAGAAAGAUAUGGCUGAUCUUUAUGAGUACAAGUAUUGUACUGAUGUAGACUUAAUAUUUCAAGAAACUUGUUUUCCUGUUCAUCGUGCCAUUUUGGCAGCAAGGUGUCCAUUUUUUAAAACACUGCUUUCUUCCUCACCUGAAUAUGGGGCAGAGAUCAUAAUGGACAUCAAUACAGCUGGUAUUGAUAUGCCCAUGUUUUCUGCUUUGUUACACUACCUUUAUACAGGAGAAUUUGGAAUGGAGGACUCAAGGUUCCAAAAUGUUGAUAUCCUUGUUCAGCUUAGUGAAGAAUUUGGAACACCAAAUUCGCUUGAUGUAGAUAUGCGUGGACUCUUUGAUUACAUGUGUUAUUAUGACGUCGUCCUUAGUUUUUCUUCAGACUCUGAAUUGGUUGAAGCUUUUGGUGGAAAUCAGAACUGUUUAGAUAAAGAGCUCAAAGCCCACAAGGCUAUUAUUUCUGCACGGUCCCCAUUUUUUCGAAAUUUAUUACAAAGGAGGAUACGGACUGGUGAAGAAAUCACAGACCGAACUUUGAGGACUCCCACAAGAAUUAUAUUAGAUGAGUCUAUUAUACCAAAAAAAUAUGCAAAAGUGAUAUUACACUGUAUGUAUACCGACGUGGUGGACCUCUCUGUUUUACACUGUAGCCCCUCUGUGGGGAGUCUCAGUGAAGUUCAGGCUCUCGUUGCAGGGAAACCAAACAUGACCAGGGCAGAAGAAGCCAUGGAACUUUACCACAUAGCACUAUUCUUGGAAUUUAACAUGCUUGCACAAGGCUGUGAGGAUAUCAUUGCUGAGAGCAUCUCAUUAGAUACCUUAAUUGCCAUCCUCAAGUGGAGCUCUCAUCCAUAUGGCUCUAAAUGGGUGCACCGACAAGCUUUACAUUUCCUCUGUGAGGAAUUUUCCCAGGUCAUGACUUCGGAUGUUUUUUAUGAACUCAGCAAAGACCAUCUGCUUACUGCUAUCCAGUCUGACUACCUACAGGCAAGUGAACAAGAUAUUCUUAAAUACCUGAUUAAAUGGGGAGAGAAUCAGUUGAUGAAAAGAAUAGCAGAUAGAGAGCCAAACUUACUGAGUGGCACUGCCCAUAGUGUGAACAAAAGAGGUGUAAAAAGACGAGACCUGGACAUGGAAGAGCUCAGAGAGAUCCUUUCGUCUCUCUCACCUUUUGUGCGAAUUGAACACAUCUUACCUAUAAACAGUGAAGUCUUAAGUGAUGCAAUGAAAAGAGGCUUGAUCAGUACUCCUCCAUCAGACAUGCUUCCCACAACAGAAGGUGGAAAAUCAAAUGCCUGGUUACGGCAAAAAAAUGCUGGCAUAUAUGUUCGUCCUCGACUGUUCUCUCCCUAUGUGGAAGAAGCAAAGUCAGUGCUAGAUGAGAUGAUGGUGGAACAAACAGAUCUUGUGCGUUUACGUAUGGUCAGAAUGUCCAAUGUGCCAGAUACACUCUACAUGGUCAAUAAUGCUGUACCGCAAUGUUGUCACAUGAUCAGCCACCAGCAGAUCAGCAGUAACCAGUCAAGCCCUCCUUCAGUUGUAGCCAAUGAAAUUCCAGUUCCUUGUCUCCUCAUUAUGAAAGACAUGGUCAAACGGCUGCAGGAACUCCGACACACUGAGCAGGUUCAGAGGGCCUACGCACUGAACUGUGGGGAAGGCGCCACUGUCAGCUAUGAGAUUCAGAUUCGAGUACUAAGAGAGUUUGGUCUUGCAGAUGCUGCUGCAGAACUAUUGCAGAAUCCUCACAAAUUCUUUCCUGAUGAACGCUUUGGAGAUGAAAGUCCACUCUUGACAAUGAGACAGCCUGGGAGAUGUCGCAUUAACAGUACCCCUCCUGCAGAAACCAUGUUUACAGACCUGGACUCUUUUGUGGCCUUCCAUCCACCUUUGCCACCUCCACCACCUCCCUACCACCCCCCAGCUACUCCAAUCCAUAACCAACUGAAAGCAAGCUGGAAACAAAGACCUCCCAGUCAGCAUCCUUCACGUUCAUUUUCUUAUCCCUGUAAUCAUUCACUGUUCCACUCCAGAACAGCUCCUAAACCUGGCCCUCCCCCAGUCUACUUGCCAGGAAUUAAAGCAGCACCGCCUGAUUGUACCAACACAGCAGGGCUGGGGAGGCAGACAAUGGCUGCUGCCACUGCAGCCCCCACCUCAACAACAAUAGCAUCUGAAAAACAAAUGCGAACACAGCCUGUGCUGAAUGAUCUGAUGCCUGAUAUCGCCGUGGGUGUGUCCACACUAUCACUCAAGGACAGGAGGCUUCCAGAGCUUGCUGUAGACACAGAAUUAAGCCAGUCAGUUUCUGAAGCAGUACCAGGGCCUCCCCCGCAUCUGUCGUGUAUUCCGCAGAGGCAUACACACACUUCUCGGAAAAAACACACACUAGAGCAAAAAACAGAUGCUAGAGAAAAUCAGCAAGAAUACCCAGAUUUCUAUGACUUCUCUAGUGCUGCUUGCAGACCUUCUACUCCUGCUCUUGGCAGACGCACCCCUUCUCCUUCACAAGGUGGAUAUUUGGGUCCCGAUUUGUAUAGCCACAAUAAGGCAUCACCAAGUGGCUUAAAGUCAGCCUGCCUGCCUAGCCAGACCUCACCCAAAAAACAGGAAGAAGCUAGGAGAGAAUAUCCACUUUCCCCUGACGGGCAUCUACACAGACAAAAGAAUGAGCCAAUACACCUGGAUGUUGUUGAACAACCUCCCCAGCGGUCAGACUUUCUUCCUCUGGGAGCCCCAGAAAAUGCUGGUACUGGCCCAGCCCAUAGCAGGGGACGAACGACAGUAGAAACUGACUUGACUUUUGGGCUGACUCCUAACAGACCUUCACAUUCUGCAUGUAGCUCUGAAACACCAGAAGAGAGAUCCAGUAGAAGACUGGCAGACAAUGAGUCCAUGGGCCAUGGAGCUCAGAGAAAUACAGAUUUGGAAAGGGAAGAUUCAGUAAGCAGAGGAAGGAGGUCACCAAGCAAGCCAGACUUCCUCUACAAAAAGUCUGCCCUCUAAGAGCAACUUUCAAGUCGUCUGUGCCUGAGAUGUGAAACAUCCUAUUCUAUGAUGUAACCCAACAACUUACAGACCAGUUUAUCGAUGCCAGCUGAUAACACAGUUUAACUUAACUUUUUUCUAGUUUUUAUGUGUAUAUAUGUUUAUUAAAGAUGGCAUGCUAAGGGGUUUUCUGUUUUAAUGCUGCAUCUGUCUAUUUUGUGUUUGAACAAUUAUGUGGGGAAGCAUUUUUAAGAGCAAGCAAGCUGGCACUUUUUUUUUCUCUUUAUAAGUGGAAUUUUUUUGCACUCGUACAUUUGUUUUAUCUCUCUUGGUUUUAUAUCAGUAUGUUAAACUUUAUUGCCACAUUUAAAGGACUGUAUUUUCAUACUUUUUUGCAUUUUAUCUUUCAUCUACCUAUCCAUGUGCAUUGGAUUGCACACUAAGAUGUAUUUUCUUAUGAAAUAGUUCUGUGUUUAUUUUCUAAUUAUAGAAGUUCCAAAGAACAGCACAUCAAAACACUCCUCUCUUUUCAGUAAUUGUUUUAGUUCAGACAUCUUCCUGCUCAGUCUCCGUACAUCUCAUGUCAUUCUUCUUUGGGAAGUCCUGGAAGCUGGUCUUCACACCCCUGCAGUUUGUUGGUUCAGUGAAGAACAGAAAAAAGAGAAACCUUUUGUCCUGGGCUCACGCUAUUGCUUUAUUCACAAUGUGGACACUGUUAGAAUUCCUAAAAAAAAUUCUGGUAGUGCAGAUUAGAGUGUCACUAGAUGAGUUAUUUAGAGAUCAGAACUUUGGCAUUAUAAGGCAGUGGAAAUAGUGAAGUGACUUCAAGGUCACACAGAUGGGAAGCUGGUCCUGAGUGUCAGCUCUCAGCUGCUGACUGCCUGCUGCCUUCAGUUGUCUUGCUCUCGAUGGAAAAACAAACAAAAAAACAAGGGCUUCAGUCUUAUGGAUGUUAUUGGUGUUUGUAAGCAUGAUUUCUUUUAAAUGUUUUUCUAAGUAUGUUUGAAUCUUGGUGUCCUAUAAAAGUUGUUGUAUAAUGCAUAAUGCUUUGUCACCAAAAGAGAAAAUUUGUUUUCAGUUAAACACUACAUGUCCUACUUGAACUCCACAGGGGACGCUGGUUUGGCAUUUACUGAACCACUGAGCACAUGGGAUCUUUUAAGAUUCUCUCCCUUGGAAGGGCAAUGUGUGAGCUAAGGACUGUUUUUUUCUUAUGCUCCAAUGUAAAUAUAUUAGUAUUUGGGUUUUUAAUUCACUUUGACAUUAUUUGAACAUUCACUUUGUAUUUUUUAUAAACACAUACACACAACCGUAGCACUUAGAAGAAAAGAGACUUCCUGAAAAUUCCCUCCUGUUUGGGGGGAUAUUUGGUGACCUCUUUUCUAUUUAUGUAUAUUUAUAGAACUACAAAUCACUCACACUCACUCUAAAACUAUGCAGGGCUAGGGAGCCUUUACAAGCUACCAUAUAAAUGAAUGCACUUUGAAGUAAAUAGGUUUCUAUUGGGUGUCAAAAACUCUGACUUCUCCCCAAACUGUAGUUUCUCUUACAGUCUUUUCCUACCUUACCCUGUGGAUAUACACUCAGGAAUAAUCUGACAUUUUAAGAAAUCCUAACAGGAGAUAAUCUCAAAGGCGGGGGCGUGUCAGUGUGUCUGUAUUCACCGGCAAACUGCUGCCGCUUGUUCUGCUGCCUGACCAGUUAGCUGCUGCUAGUGCUCUUGUCCAUGCUGGUGACAGUACAGGCUGAAUGCCCAGUCUCCCAGAGCUAACACUCAUCUACUGUAUGGUUGGCUCCGCAUCGCCUUCGGGGCUUCUUUUUUAAGACAGAAAAACAUAGGAUUCUGUUAUCAUUUGUAAGAGGUUUAACAUUCAUAAUAGAUGAUGGUGUCUCUUAAAGCCCAGUCUCAGUCUGUCUCCAGAAACAAAAAUUGUUAAUUCCAUCAUAUUCUUUAAUGUUUGUUUAUAUAUAUAGUGUAUGUGUUGACAUGAAUUGUUUUGAUAUGGUUUUAAAUUUAUGUUCUGAGUCAGACUGUACUGUGCUGGUACUGCAGAUAAGAAUUUUUCAAAUGUUUGAGCACAGCUGUUGAUCCCACACCAUUCUUCCUGAAAAUUCGUGAAGUAUUCUUUCAUUUCCUGAAAUAUAAUUAUAAAAAUAAGUGACCACUGUUCAUCAUAUUACUUAAUUUAUGAAGUUUGCUUUUAACAGUUUAGUAGCUUAUUUGGCUAAAUUAUGUGUACAGAAGGAAAACUGGUUUUAAUCUGUGGGAUUAUAGACUGAGGUGACUCGCAGAAGGUAAACUUGGUUUUGUGUGCAUUAGGGUGGUAGGUGUCAGUGAACUAUUAAUGUAUCUUGUGAAGUAUGGUUAAUAGGGUAGGUUGAAUAGUUACAUGCCUCUGGCUUUUGAACCCAUCUAUUAAAUCUUUUUUAAUGCUGUACUAAGAUAAAUGUGAAGUCUUAGAAAGGUUCUCAGAAAAAAAAAAUUACAUGCAUAAUAUAAAAUUUAGCCCCUGGGAACUGGCUUUUACUUGGUAUAGAAAUUUAAUGAGAACCAAAUCACAGAAUUACCAGAUCUCCUUUUGAGGCCAAGGACAAUCAGGCCGAUCAGACAAUCACCACAUCAGUGCCCACUGUGUAUUGAGUUAGAAAACUACCAUUCAAAUGCUAGAGUGGAAAGACAUGAUUCAAAUCUCUUGAAGAUACUGUUGGUCUUUUUCUUAUGUUAUUGCUUUGUGAUUUUGAUGAAUAACUUACAUCAGAGUCACCUGUGGCUUCUAAGGGAAAAAAAUAGCAUUAAAGGGAAAUUUAUUGAAAACAUUGUUUAAAUUCUCCACACCCAUUCUCACAUGCCCCCUUUAGCUUUAUUUCUAGGCAUAUGUUUCUAGACCUAAGCCAGCCUGAUGUUUCAAUAACCUGUUUGGCUUUAAGGAUUUUUAGUGAGUUUUUUAUAUUUCUAUCUUUGUGUAGAAUUCUCCAUGAAAUUUUACCUAAUUCUUGCUUUUACUUCCUCAAAAACUCUGUUUUUAGUACACUUGUCAUCCUUUAUUGGGUUUUCUUUUGAUUCAUUGUUUAAGUUCUAGCAAUGGCACAGUACAUGUACAUUUGACUUCAGAUGAUGACGCGGAACGUAAAGCAGCAGCCGCGCAGUUGGCCGUUGCAGUGGCACUGAAUGCUGACGUCUGUGCAUCAGUCUCUAGAGCUGAAAGACUAACAUUGCUCAGUAACGACCCAGCGAAAUACUUUCUUACAGUGUUGAAUAUGCCUUUUAGGGAAAAAUAUGUUUCAUGAAAUACUUGUAAGAUACUUACUUUGCAGUUAAUUUAGAAACAUUUGUAUUUUUAUGUUAGGACUGAAUUCAAAGGGAAAUGCUUUUUGACUUUUUUUUUAAUUGUUCGGGUGACUUCAGCUUUCUGUAAUUACUGUUAAAGCAGCAGUGAUGGGUGCUAUUCCCAGUUCUGCAAUGGUUUACUUUGCCUACUAAAUGAUUUACUUUAAAACCUCAUUACAGAUAAUCUCACUAAAGAACUACCAGGCACUCUGCUAAAGGGUAUUUUACUGUUGUCCAUUAACACUGUCAUAUGAACAAUGUUUUAGGAAAUGUCUUUUCAUCCUUUAGAUUGCCAUAGCUGUUAUGUAGUUACCAUAUUAGCAACCUUUUGAUUGUUUUUUCUUCUAGAAAACCCUCAGACUCUAUUGUCAAUUUUCCAUAUUCUGAAUAUUAUAAUGCUGUGGCCAUUUUUUGUGGAAAGAUUACAUUGCAAGUAUGUGUCUUGGAAAUAACCUCUUGUGUUUGUGUGUUUAUGUGAGUUCUGUCUAAGAGUUUAGAUAAGCUCUGGAAGCUUCAUCACAUAUACCUGCACGUGCCUGUGUGUCUGACUUAUGGGCAGGCCGUACAGAAUCCUGCUCUUAGACAGGUGGCUGAACUCUGCUUGCUGUGUAUGUGUCCCAUCUGUACUUGAGAGAGGUGACAUCUUCUAUAACAUUGCAUUUCCUUGUGGUUGUGCUGUUAUUGGUAUAAAGUCAAGUGCCUUCAAUGCUAAAGGCUCAGAAACUUUUCUUAAACUGAUUUCAUGUCCUAUGCAAGUGUUUUCUACAACCUGCAUAACCAGUACUUUGUAAAACUUGUUUACGCUUCAAUUGUACAUAGUGAUUUUUAAAGAAAUAUAUAGUAUUUUUAUUUAGGUACCUCCAAACUUGAAUUCGUCCGUGUGAAGCAUUGUAAAACAAUACAUUUCUCUUUUGAGUACCAUUGCAGUUGUACAGAGGUUUUCACUGGUUCUAUUUUUCUACUGUUACUGAUAAGCAUGUAACACUGACUUUAUCCUACAUUAGUUGGCAUUUCAAAUAAAUGGCUUGUAUAGAA